CGUACGCGAAAUACUCGAGAGCAUUUAUAGCAAUUUGCAGUGAGACUUUGACCGGGAGCAUAUAUGCGUUUAUGUUUACAUAUAUGCAUGAUUAAGCUUUUUUUUUUUUUAGGAAGGAUGGAAUACCCUAGAAUGAGAGAGAGAGAGUAGGAAAAUCCAAAGUGAAAUUAAGAACAAACAAUUGAUCGCAAAUGUAAGCGCGAGACGCGAUGCAAUGACAAUGACGUGCGGUGACAACCGGCGACGAUCCAGAAGAAAAUGUUGAUGUAAAUGUGUAAUUUCGGUGCGCAUAAUAAUGAAAAGGCUGCGCGUAGCGUCGCGUCGAGCGAUACAGCACACAUUAUCGCCGUGUUGUGCCGUAUCGCUGUAACCUUCUUUACAUUCAUCUUCUCUUCUCUCGAUGUGAUAUCUUAUCGUCGGUGUGUGACGAAAUUAGCGCACUAGUUAGCCAGAAUGUAAACACUCUACCACGGAUGCUGUCCGAUACUACUUGCUACCUGUGUUUAUCAAAGUUUGACAUUGAUGACUUCCUUCUUUUUUUGAGCAAGCUCUUAAAUUUUCUCAAACUUGGAUCUUAAAAUGAUAACACUCGCAUUUCGAAAGUAGCCUUGCAUCAAAUAAAUAAUCUUGUUAUGUCAUAUGUGAUGUGCAUCUGUAUGCUAUUACUGACUUGCAUAAUAGCUGCACAAUUAUAUGUUCACUGUUUUUUGUGUUCACAUUUAAAAUUGCUGAUGUAUUUGAUAAAUACUUACCUGCUUGGUGAUAACAUUCCAUAUAUAUGUAAGUUCUAUAGCCAGAUGUCAGCAGUAAGUGAAUACCACUAGUGUGGUGAAUAUCAGCAGUAGUGAUGACUGAAAGCUGAAUCAUAUAACACCAGGAUCACCAAUUUGCUAAAACCUUGAUAUCGUAUUACAUCAUGAAUUUUUACAACCAAAAAUGUGAGUGAAUUUAAAGCAAGAGUACAACACUAUAACAAAUCUCAAUUUGUGUUAUCAUUUAUAUCAUGGUACAACAGUGGCUUCUCAGUUUUGAUGUUUUAUGCACAGGUGGUCGAAGUGGACGACGAUUUAUAUUAACUCUUGUUGCUGGAAUGGUUUUUGGUUUUUUAUCCGCAUGUCUCCUUAUUACAUCCACAAGAGAUAUACCACAGAUUUUCAAUUGGAUGCCAAGUACUUCUGGUCUUUCUAGAGAUCCUCAUCAUUAUUCAGAAUUAGAGGCAGAGAUUGGUCCUGAAACAGAAGUAAAGUUUCAUGGUGAAGAUGAGGAUUUUCACAAAGGAGAAGAUAGGGUUGCCCAGGAUAUGGCAAAAAAAGUGCGUGUUCUUUGUUGGGUCAUGACUGGUCCAAAGAAUCAUCAGAGCAAAGCUCGUCAUGUGAAAGCAACAUGGGGAAAACGUUGUAACAUACUUCUAUUUAUGAGUUCCGCAGAAGACACUAGCUUACCUACUGUAGUGCUGCCAGUUAAAGAGGGUAGAGAUAAUUUGUGGGCUAAAACCAAAGAGGCGUUUAAAUACGCUUAUGAAAAGUACAAAGAUAAGGUAGAUUGGUUCAUGAAAGCCGACGACGAUACAUAUGUAGUAGUCGAAAAUCUGCGAUACAUGUUAUUAUCAUACAAUCCGAAUUCGUCAUUAUAUUUCGGAUGUAGAUUUAAACCUUUCGUAAAGCAAGGCUACAUGAGUGGUGGCGCAGGAUACGUACUUAGCAAAGAAGGUUUACGUAAGUUUGUGGAAGAGGGCUUACCCGAUAAGACCAAAUGCCGGCCGGAUAACGGCGGUGCGGAGGACGUCGAAAUGGGAAAAUGUCUCGAAAAGAUUGGUGUACGCGCAAUGGACACCAGAGAUCCUCAUGGUCGGGGAAGAUUCUUUCCGUUUGUGCCAGAACAUCAUUUGAUACCCAAUCACGUAGAUAAGAAUUUUUGGUAUUGGAAAUAUAUUUACUACGAAACCAAGGACGGUUUAAACUGUUGUUCAGACAGUGCUGUUUCAUUUCACUAUGUGUCACCGAACAUGAUGUACGUUCUCGAGUAUCUAAUUUAUCACUUGAGACCGUACGGCAUUAAUCACGGUUUGGAGAAACCCUCUCUGAAUAGACCGUCGACACUGACCGAAUACUAGUCCGUACGUAUACUGUGUCAUAAAUAGAUAGUACGUAAAAUACUUCAACUCUUAUUUUAUACAUGAUACUAGUCCGUUUGAGCCAACGAUACAAGCGUACCAAGAUUUUAAAGGAUAAACUAUGUGUGAUAUAUCGUACUUCGUAAAUAAUUCAAGUUUAUAUACGCGUAUAUGUUUAAGAUGUCAGAUCCAUUAUUGGUUGUUACUAAUAUUGGAUGAAAAGUUAUGAUACAGAGUAAAAGGAGAGGGAAAUUUAUACUGCAAGCACAGUAGAAUACGCCUGAGGGUUUUACAGUGUCUGAUUUCUUCGAACAUUAAGCCAUAUAUUAUACAUUUGUAAAAUCAGAUGUGACUUUAUUUAUUAUUAACGCACGCGCGCGCGCAAACUUUUAUCUUAAAUAAAAUAAUCCGCAGAACAAAUUUUUAUUUUAUUGCCAAUGCGCAUGUCCUUCAAGGUACAAUUUUUCUUUUUUCUGAUACACGGCGUAAAUAUUUUCAUAUCUCCCUAUGAUUAUAUUAUAGGGAAUGUAAAUGCAGCGCCAUAAAAUAUGCAUAAAUAAAGAAUAAAACCAAUUUUUCUCCAAAUGAAAUAAUUCUGUGUCACAAUUUGCACUUUUUUUUUUUUUUAUUUCUUUUGCUAUAAGAACAAAAAACUAUUGCUUAUAUAUUUCUACUGUGCUUGCAACAUAAUUUCGCGGGCGCUGCAAAUACAAAACAGCAUAUAAUUAUAUAUAGAUAUAUAUGU